AUGAACUCACAACAGAUGACCAAGAUUGUCGUAAAGGAAGAGGUAGACUCGGAGGAGAGCAGGGAUUCUUUUGAGGACUUCCCUCGUGGAGCUCAAUCAUUCUCAAGACCUGAGCUCAAAGCUCGCAUGGAUGCCAGGGAGAAAGGGCUCCGAGUGGACGAGGAAGGGAUACAUAUCCCAGAAGGACAAGACGUUCCGGAGCGGUUCAGGAUGUACCUAGCACCGUCGACACUCAUUGCUCCGAAAAUGGAAGCUUUUGAGGAUGAUCGGAUUCCCGCUCCAUCGGAUGAUCGGUCCCAGACUCUUCAUCAAGCUAAGGAUACCCAGGAGUUAAUCGAAAAAACUGUGCUGCCAACGCUCCGCCAAUUCAUGUCAGAUGAGAGCUGUUCAGGAAGCACUUUAACAACGGUUUUUUCAAAAACCGGAGAUAAAACCGAAAUUAAAAUUGUCGUGAACCGCAGCCCCGCGAAAAAACCCGACAAGGGGGAGGAGGAUGACAUACAGGAUUCGGAGGUCUUCAUAUCGCCACGUCGUCAUCGUGUUAUUAUUGAGAGUGAGGAUGAAGGAGAUAACCAGGAGGAGGAGGAGAAGAGAACGCCGAAGAAGAAAUCGAAGAAGGCCAAGGAGGACCAAAGAACACCGAGCACACGGCUCAGAUCAAUAAAUCUGAGAGAACCAUCGUCAUCGGAGGAGGAUGUAGAGGAGACCCAAGAGGAGAUCAUCGGGGAUUCGCAAACCGACCCCGACUACAUUCCCGAUACCCAAGAAGAGCGGGGAAAUUAUUGGGACAACAGGAUUCCAAGAAGCGCUCCCAAGGACCCAUUGGACUUGGAUUAUUAA